AUGGGAGGCUGCCCCCUGACUCCCUCAAUCCUGGGGAUUCUAUACUUUUACAAUCGUGGGGACAUGAUGCUGUGUCAUGAUGAGGAUGAAAAAGCCACUCUAAUUAAAGCCUGUGCUUUAUGCUGGGAAUACUCCCAAAUGAGAACUCUUCAGGCUCAGAUUACCAUGUACCCUGAAGGAGAAGGCGUGUGUGAGACGCAUCAGGAAGACCAGAAGUUUUUCUGUGAGAUUAGCAACGCCCUACUCUGUGUAACCUGCUCUAAAUUAGAGGAUCAUGUGUCCCACGUCCAUUGGCCCAUUGCAGUGGCUGCCUUUCGUUAUAGGAAAUUAAUUCCAAAAUAUAUAAAAAUCAUUAGCUUUCAAGUAAAGGAAAUUCAGAGAUUACAUCUCAAAGAGGAGGAACCCUUGGCCUGGGCUGUGGUGCGGACUAACUAUAAAUAUAAAUCCAGUAAAAAUUUUGAGACCAAUAUACAAGAAUUAUGGGAAUACUUCCUGCAAAAGAAGAUUGAGACACUAGAAAUGAAAGAACUUGAACUCAUAGUGGGAAAGGAGAAUGAGAAGUUAAGCGAGCUCUAUCAAAAACUGAAGGAGGUGGAAGCUAUAUGGGAAUGUGACAUAAUGAAGCAAAAAAUGGAAUGGGAGGCCAUGGUGUCCAGAGAAAUCACAUUUCUAACAGACAAAGUCAGAGAGUUGGAAGAAAUGAGUCAGAAAUCAAAUGUGGAACUACUAAAGGAUGUGAUCCAUAGGCAUGAAAGGAUAUUCAUAAAUUCACAUUUGAAACCUUUCAUUCCACAUAUAAAUCAACUUUAUGUGUCUGUGGUAAAUGAAUUUUUAGAAUUCUUUCAGACAUUUGAACAGUCAUCCCCCUGGAUUUCCUACAAUCUUCCUGAAGAAGGAGAAAAAAAGAGAACUGUUACAUUUCUACGUGGCUUCUCAGGAGACACAUUUAUUUAUAAUACUGGCAAUUUUCAUGCUGACCGUGUAAGGAUAAGAGCAUUCUCAUCGAAUGAUUGGUGUCAGAGUAGUCUUAUAGAAAGAAAACAUUGUCCAAUUAUCAGGACUCGAAUAGAUUUUAGUUUUAAUUAA